AAAAAAUUAGUAAAAAAAGAAGACACUCUUUGAAAUCCAAAUAUAAAACAAGAGGUUGUUCAAACUUGAACCUGUAUGUUUUUUUGGUCCGGCGCCAUUACAUCCUCAACUAACAUUACGUACUUCAUCUCUUUGCAAAUCUGAUACGGAGAGAUGGGAGUGGAGAAGAGGAAGACGUUGCUGGAGGAUCUGGUCUGCAAGGCAGGAGGCUGUGCGGUGAUCGACGGUGGAUUCGCAACCCAGCUCGAAACACACGGCGCUGCCAUUAACGACCCUCUUUGGAGCGCUCUUUGUCUGAUCAAAGACCCUGACCUCAUCAAAAGGGUUCACUUGGAAUAUUUGGAGGCUGGUGCUGACAUUUUGAUCACUUCUUCUUACCAGGCUACUAUUCCAGGAUUUGUGUCCAUGGGACUGUCAAUUGAAGAAGGAGAGUUGUUACUAAAGAAGAGUGUUAAAUUGGCUGUUGAAGCACGUGAUAAGUUUUGGGAUGCUGUGAAAAAUAAUCCUAUAAAUGGAUAUAACCGCGCUUUGGUUGCAGCCUCCAUUGGAAGCUAUGGAGCGUAUCUUGCUGAUGGCUCGGAGUAUAGUGGAUAUUAUGGGCCAGAUGUGAAUCUGGAAAAGCUCAAGGAUUUUCAUCGACGCAGAUUGCAAGUUCUCAUGGAAGCAGGUCCAGAUUUAUUGGCCUUUGAGACAAUACCCAAUAAACUUGAAGCACAGGCCUGUGUUGAGUUACUUGAAGAAGAAAAUGUCAAGAUUCCAUCUUGGAUUUGCUUCAGCUCUGUGGAUGGUGAGAAUGCCCCGUCCGGGGAGACUUUCCGGGAGUGCCUUGAUGUAAUAAAUAAGAGUAACAGAAUAAAUGCAGUCGGAAUCAAUUGUGCACCUCCCCAUUUCAUUGAAAGUCUCAUAUGCAAAUUUAAAGAGUUGACUGAGAAGUGGAUAGCUGUUUAUCCCAAUAGCGGUGAGACAUGGGAUGGCAGAGCUAAAAGAUGGCUGCCAUCAACUUGUUUUGAUGAUGACAAAUUCGAGUUGUUUGCGGCAAAAUGGCACGAUUUAGGAGCUAGCCUAAUAGGAGGCUGCUGUAGAACAACACCUUCUACAAUUCGAGCCAUUUCAAAAGUUUUAAAACAAAGAGACUUAGCAGUUUCUGGAUAGGUAGAGCCUCGAGUCCAAUCCCCUCAAGAAUAGCUACACCGUUUCCAUUUUGUUUUUUCAUUAUAAUGAAAUAUAGUUGCUCUUCAUGGCUUCCAUCUAUUCAAUAUUAUUAAUCUCACACCUUUCGCUGGUUAUCAAGCAGGGAAUUUUGGAUAUCCCCCUUUGAAAAUUAUAUAUCAGAUACAAUUCUUUAAAUUUUGCAUUAAUCCAAUAGUACAUAUCAUAAUUUAAUUUGAUUA